GAAUGAUUGAUUGAUUGAGGUUCUUCUCAACGAGAAUUUAGAAGAGAACAGAGUGCGAGAGAGAUCUAACUCAAAAAAAAAAAAAAAAAAAUUCUCUCGUACCACACAUACUUCUUUCAGAUCCACGAUCAGAAAAUAUGUCUUCAGGAGAUUUCAGUGGCGAUGAAACUGCUCCCUUCUUCGGUUUCCUCGGCGCUGCUGCCGCCCUUGUCUUCUCCUGUAUGGGAGCUGCCUAUGGAACGGCGAAGAGUGGAGUUGGUGUGGCAUCGAUGGGGGUGAUGAGGCCGGAGCUGGUGAUGAAGUCGAUCGUUCCGGUGGUUAUGGCUGGUGUUUUGGGUAUUUAUGGAUUGAUUAUUGCUGUUAUUAUCAGCACUGGGAUUAAUCCUAAGGCCAAGUCAUAUUACCUGUUUGAUGGUUACGCCCAUCUUUCGUCUGGUCUUUCUUGUGGUCUCGCCGGUCUAUCUGCUGGAAUGGCGAUCGGGAUUGUUGGUGAUGCCGGUGUUAGAGCAAAUGCGCAGCAGCCAAAACUUUUUGUUGGGAUGAUCCUCAUUCUCAUCUUUGCUGAAGCUCUGGCUCUCUAUGGCCUUAUUGUUGGCAUCAUCUUGUCUUCCCGCGCUGGCCAAUCCAGAGCAGACUAAGGUGCCCUUUUAUCUGGAGUCCUUAUAUUACUUUAUGGUGUCACCAUGGAAAAAGAAGAAAAAAUCAAUUCUUCGUGGAUCAUGACAGCACUUGAAGGGGCCGUCAAUUAUUCACUUUGAAAGUCAUUGCCUUGAUCCUGUGGUCACACGGUGUUGUUUUUAGAAAUAGAUUUGAGUUUUUUUCUGCAGAAUAAAGCUUUUUAAGCCUUCUUUGUUUGGUUUAUCUAUUGCAGUUAGAGGUUAUUAUUUUGGAACUGACUUGUGUAUGUUCUUAUUAUUUAUGGAACUUAAACCAGUGUAGAGUGAUGUUAUCAUGGAAUUGGAUUGUUUUGGUUUCUUGUC